AUGCAGAUAGUCCUUUGGAUAGUGUUCCUGGCCUUUGGCCGCCACAUCUACGGAGCCAGUGUACCGGCCCCGAUAUCCGGACAGGAUUCGGAGCUGGGCACCUGCGAGCUGCAGCUCUCCAAGUACCGCAGGUUCAUCCUGCAGGCCAUCCUCAGCUUCGAGGACGUCUGCGAUGCGUACAACUCGCGACCCGGCGGACAGGAAGCGGACUCCGAGGGAUGGCUCUUCCGGCACUACGCCCCAUCACCCACCUCGCAGAGGGGCGAAAUCUGGGCCUUCUUCCGGCUGCUGAUGGCCCAGUUCGGCGACGCGGAGUUCUCCUCCAUCAUCCGGGAUGCGGUCAUCGAGAGGUGCCGCAUCAAGUCGCAGUUGCAGCGGGACGAGAAGCGCAACUCGGUGGUCCUGGGCAAGAAGCAGCGGUUCCACUCGUGGGGCGGCAAAAGGUCCCCGGAACCACCGAUCCUGCCGGAUUACUAAACUGGAUGCCCAGCGUUUUCCCCUUUAAUUGUAUGAACAGCCAAAGUUGAAGUCCUCUAAUUUAAAUCAGUGUCUAAAUAAACCCGAAGAUUGCAAACCGA